GCGACUGUACGGUAACAAAGUGUCGCUGCCGGCGCUGCGGAUCAGAAGAAGGCUACAGAGCAGGGUGUGCAAACUAGUUAAAGAGGCUGCACUGAGUGAGGCGAAAGCCAGGUGAAGUUUCACGCUGGUGAAUCUGGGAGAGAGAGAGAGAAGCCGGAGCCAGUGCGAGGUUGGUGAUUUGAUGUGGACGCUGGUGCGGAGAGUUGGACAUCGGGCAUUGCUCCGCACUCUCCGGCCGGGCCCGAUGUCAGCAUGAGUUUCCGAGAUCUCGACCGCACAGAAAAGUUUGGGAGACGCGACGACUCGAGAUGUCUGAGCCAAAACUGUGAUAGUUGCACCCAAACUUCCGAGUGUUUUUGAUUGGUGACUGCAGCGCUGAUCGGGUCGUGGGGGGUAGGGGGUACCCAAAAGUAAAGGACAUGUUUUGAAUCCACACGGUCAACAGAGUUACAAAAAGCCAUGUUCAAGAAGAGGAGCUUAAAUUAUUUGUUUUUAUCUUAUCCAAUUUUUUAUCUAUUGAUGCAUCAUGUUUUCGGUCUCAAUAUUUGUACAAGUGGACGUGCUACCUCCUGCAAAGAGUGUUUGCUUAUUCAUCCUGACUGUGGCUGGUGUGUUAAAGAGGAAUUUGGCAACAAGGGAAGCAUCUUUUCAAGAUGUGACUUUAGGGAAAACUUGAUUAAAAGAGGAUGCACAAUUCAGUUUAUAGAGAGUCCUCAAAGUGGUAUACUGAUACAAAGAAACUUACCAUUGAGCAAUAAGGGAUCAGGAUCAUCACAAUCAGAUGUCAUUCAACUAACGCCUCAAAGGAUUGCUCUGAAGCUAAGAACAGAUGACAAGACCACAUUUCGUAUGCAGGUGCGGCAGGUGGAGGAUUAUCCUGUGGAUUUAUAUUAUCUUAUGGACCUUUCCCUCUCCAUGAAAGAUGACUUGGAUAACAUCCGUGUCCUGGGUACAACGCUAUCACGAGAGAUGGCAAAGCUCACCAGCAACUUUCGCCUGGGCUUUGGAACAUUUGUUGACAAACCAACAUCACCAUUUUCAUACACAGGACCCAAAUACCAGAACAACCCAUGUGUAGGCAUCCGCAAUUUUUUGUUUUUAAGAAAAAGAAGCAGGUUGCAAAAGGAGCAGAAGAUACAAUUCAGUUAUAAGAUGUUUCCACAAUGCGUUCCAUCCUUUGGAUUCCGACACUUGCUGUCAUUGACUGACAAGUCUGACAAGUUCAAUGCAGAAGUUCAGAAGCAAAUGGUAUCUCGGAAUCGUGAUGCACCAGAGGGUGGUUUUGAUGCAAUCCUGCAGGCGGCAGUUUGCAAGGAAAAAAUAGGCUGGCGGAAGGAGGCUUCCCACUUACUGGUGUUUACCACAGAUGAUGUACCACACAUUGCAUUGGAUGGCAAGCUUGGUGGUCUGGUACAACCCAAUGAUGGACAGUGCCAUCUUGAUGAAAACAACGAGUAUAGUUCCUCUACACAAAUGGAUUACCCAUCACUUGCACUUCUUGGAGAAAAGCUGGCAGAGAACAACAUUCAUUUGAUAUUUGCUGUUACUCAGUCCCAUUACAUACUUUACAAGAAUUUUACUGCUCUGAUUCCUGGAACAACUGUAGAAAUUCUUGACAAGGAUUCAAAGAAUAUCAUUCAGCUGAUUGUCAAUGCUUACAGUAGUAUUCGAUCUAAGGUUGAACUAACAGUAGGGGACCAGCCAGAAGAAAUCAAGCUUUCCCUGACUGCCACAUGCCAGGAUGGUGUUUCACGCCCUGGAGUUAGAAAGUGCGGUGACCUUAAAAUUGGAGACACAGUGUCUUUUGAUGUCACUGUAGAAGCCAAGAGCUGCCUAGAGGCCCAGGGUAGAAAGAGCUUCACCAUUAAGCCAGUUGGCUUCAAAGAUUCAUUGAGUAUAACCGUUGGCUAUAUUUGUAACUGUGACUGUGCAACAGAGAUGCAAGCCAACAGCUCCAAGUGCAGUGGUAAUGGAACCUAUGAAUGUGGGAUCUGUAAAUGUGAUCCGGGCUUUCUGGGAGCCAAUUGUGAAUGCCAGGAUGGAGAAACAAGUAAUGUAUUCCAGACGUUCUGCCGUGAAGCAGAGGGAAAACCGAUCUGCAGUGGCAGAGGGGAGUGCAGCUGCAACCAGUGUGCCUGCUAUGAGAGCGAGUUCGGAAGGAUUUAUGGGACAUUCUGUGAAUGUGAUGACUUCUCAUGUGCUCGGCACAAGGGCAAACUCUGUUCAGGGCACGGAGAGUGUCACUGCGGUGAAUGCAAGUGUCAUGCCAGCUGGAUUGGGGACAACUGCAACUGUUCAACAGAAAUAAACUCAUGUCUCUCAGAUGAUGGGCAAAUUUGCAGCGGCAGAGGAAGCUGUGCAUGUGGCCAGUGUUCAUGCACUGAACCUGGAGCGUUUGGGGAUACCUGUGAGAAGUGUCCGACCUGCCCUGAUGCCUGUGGCAUGAAAAGGGAGUGUAUAGAUUGCAGACUGUUUAACUCAGGAAGACUGGCUGACAAUCAGACCUGUCAAAAACUCUGCAAGGAUGAGAUCCUGACAGUGGACAUCCUCAAAACAGAUGAUCAGGAUGCAGUCCUGUGCUUAUACAAAACUGAAAAUGACUGUGUCAUGAGGUUUACUUAUUCAGAACAUGUCAGUGGAAAAUCUGUCCUUACUGCUCUGAAGGAACCAGAAUGUGCGAGUGAAACUGACCCAGUAACUGUAUUGUUAGCAGUGGUUGGUAGUAUUUUGGCAGUGGGCAUUGCCUUGCUUGCCAUUUGGAAAUUGAUUGUCACUAUCCAUGAUAGGCGAGAAUUCGCCAGAUUUCAGAAUGAAAGAUCCAGAGCCCGAUACGAGAUGGCAACCAACCCACUGUACAGACAACCCAUAACCACUCAUACUGUGGAAAUCCUUUCAAUGAUGCAUAACAAAUCUUACAAUGGUAUAGUUGACUGAACUAGAAGUAGAACUGCAGUGGUAACUGUGCCAUCAAUUAGCACCUGACUGGGAUUGCAUUACUGAAUCUGGCAACUGGAAACUCUGACUUUCUUCAUCAGGCAUACAAGACUGAAAUUACUGAAUGCUGCUGAAGCAAAACUUGGUACUAGGCAUCUGCCUGAUUUAGAGAAAACACCUUAGAAAUGUGUGCUUCGGGCUAUUGACUAUUGUUCUUGGAGAAGAAAAUAUUUCAUUAGGCUUAUUGCUUAGUUUUGGGAUGAUGGGGAUUCAAAUUGCAACCUUUUUCAGGGCAGGUAACUUCUACAAAAAAAACAUGUUUUGGUUUGAUACAAAGUUAUAAUGCUUGGGAUUUUUAAUUUUUUUUUUAUGGUGAAAUUGGUUACAUUAAUCCCAUGAUAAAUGUUUUUAGCAUAACAAAAUUAUUGAUUAAUUAAUGCUAGCAUGAUACCCCUGAAUUGAGCAGAAAUAGGCAUUUUUAGCAUACCAAUAUCUACUUCCGCAGAAAUAUAACCAUAUAGGUAACAUAAAAUUGAUUGUAGAGAUACUGGGGUAGUUUUUCACUGCUUCCACCAGCAGAAAACAGUGCAGUAACACUCUAAAAUUGCAGUGGAUCACUUACUGCCUCGUUACUAUUUCCAGUCUGGUUAAUGCCAAGUUCCGACAGAUGGAUCAUCUGCCUGAUUCAAGCAGUAGACCUUUUUGCUUGCAAGGAUCCGUUGCUGUACCCCAUUGCCAUUUUAGGACAGUACUGGGUGGAGUGUGUGGUUUGUAGAUUCCACCCAGUAUCACCUGGCAGUUCACCCUGGGCUGCCUCAGGGCGUUCAUUUUUUUGCUUGCAGCCUGCUGGCGCUGUGCUAACAAAGCCCAACCCUCAAAUUGGGCUGGACAUCUUGUGAGGGCCACUGGGCAGCUAGCGGCCCUAUCCUACCCAUAGUCAUAAUCUACCCCAUUGUGCCAUGGCUGUACUUUCUUAAUUGGUUAUACUAGGCUAUUGAUGCAAAAUACUAUCACUAUAUAAUUUUAUACUAGUUAAAGAGCUCGUAGAUUUUUAUUCAUUACAACCCUGAUGAUAACAUUUUCUGGGAGUUUUGUGAAAGAUUGCUAAUUGUGUCAACAUUCUGGUAUUAAUGUCAGAGUUAUGUUGUUUAGUUCCUGUACACAUGAGAAACAGCAUGGAUAGCACUGUGCUAUUAAAGUGCCCUGGAAGAGGUUACAUAAUGCUGA